UAUGUUAUGAUAUCUGUUUUACCUUGAUGUGCCUUAUCUGUCAAAUAGAACAAGUUGCAUUCAAGUACUCAGAUACUAUAUAUUAAUACUAACAGUUUAAUUAAAAUUGUUAACAUGGCACAUUGGUUCCACCGUAAUGUAUUAAAAGCAACGACAAAUCAAAAAUUUGAGUUGAAAAUACCUAAUCCUACUGAUGCUACAAGAAAAUUGUGCAGUGAUCUAAAACUAUCAAGAAUUCGACUGUUAGAUGUGAUAAAAAAUCCAAAUAACUCCAGCGAUACUAUAGAACCAGCUUUUCACAGCUACUUAAGUUUAUUAUAUGGAUUUAUAUGGGAAAUAAAUUCAGUAGCAGAACAAGAUCAACAUGUUGGUAGACCUAAUCCUAGUAAACUUAGAAAUGUUCUUGUAUAUAAAUGGACACACACAUUAUUGGGAACAAAUACUUAUUCCAAUGCAGAUUCUGUCUAUGAAGCAGCUAAUAUGAGUGUGAAUGUAGGACUAUGGUUUAUGAAACAUGCUGCAAUGUUAGCUGCUAAAGAUGACAUAAGCAUGAAUGAAGCAAAAGAUGUACAUACAAUGCUAAGAAGAGCAGCAGGAAUAUUUACUUUUGUACAAACAGAAUUUUUACCUCAAUUAGCAAAUCCUCCACCAUUGGGAAGUGAUUUAGAUCCACGAAUCAUAAAUGCAUAUGUAAAUCAAUGUACAGCAGAAGCUCAAGAAGUGACAGUAGCAAGAGCAGUGGAACUAAAACACAAUGCUAGUUUAAUAUCAGCUUUGGCUAAUGAAACAAGUAAAUUAUUUCUGGAUGCUGCUAAUACUUUACGUUCAUUUAAACCAGAAGUAACAGCUCAGUGGAUUAAAUAUUUAGAAUUUAAGGCAGCAUUUUACCAGUCUUAUGCUUAUAACUAUUGUGGUGAAAAUUUAUUGGCUAUGGAUAAAUGUGGGGAAGCAAUUAAAGCUUUACAGGAAAGUGAAGCUUGCUUAAAGAAGGCAAAAUUAUUAUGUCAAGAAUAUGGAAAAAUAAAUGGACCAGCGCCUAAAGUAAAACCAGAUGAACAUGCUGUAUUCAAAAGAUUAGCACCUAUAGUGAAACUUACUCUUGAUAAAUGUAACAGAGAAAACGGUUUAAUUUAUCAUCAUAAAAUACCAGGAGAAGUUCCAGUGUUAGAUACCAAAGCCACUUUUGGUUUAGUGAGUCCUAUUGACUUUCAAAUGCAAUCACAUCAUCCUGUGUGGAACUUAGAUAUAUAUAAAACAUUAUCAGGUUUAAGUUCGGCAAAGGAUGAAAAAGAACAAAAUUUACCUCCAGUAAAGGAAGAUGCAAUUCAUCACAGCACUAAAGAACCAAAAAAUGCCAGUGGUUGUAUAUUACAAUAGGCUUCUUUAACGCAAAAAAUAUGAGUAGUAAAUUAAGUUUUCUGCUUUUUUAUCCUAAUAAUUUUUAAUGCUACUGUAACACCAAAAUAUUAAUUUAUUUCUGAAGAAAGUAUGUACAUGUACAUACAAAUUGAUAGCAUUUAAAUAUUUUGUAUUUGUAUAUUCAGCACUAUACACAAAUAGUCUUUAUUUUUAAUCAAGAACUAUUGCAGCAAUUAAAUUAUGGACGUACAUAAAAACAAAUUUAUAUACGCAUCUACUUGUUCUUGUUUGUAUAUUUGUUAAAAUUUUAUUUCCUUUUGUUAAUAAUGUGCAAUACACACCACG